UCGAAUAUUUUUGCUCUUCAAAAAUUAUAUAAAUAUCGAAGAGUUCCUUGAAAUCAGUCAUGGUAAUGUGUUUCUUUCUAAACAACAUGCGUCCUUUAUACUUUAUAUUCUUCGCAAGUGUUUUUGCACUUUUGAUUCAGUCGUCAUGUGCUGUAAGUGUUAGAGAAGAGCUUGCUGCGUUAAGAAAAACGGGUACAGCAUCUGUUGUUCUAAAGCAAAUCAAUGACCAAUUGGAAAAAGAAGUAGCCAAGCCUGUUCGUAAGAAGCUAGUAUUUGACUGUUCUUCAAUUGUAUCUUUAUCAUUUGGAAAUGUGAUUGUAAAUGCAAAACUAAAAAAACUUCGCGCUCUUAUAUCUGACGUUCUCGAUGCGAUACUUAAAUCAAAAUUGAGUGCAUAUUACGAAACAGUCAAUGCAUUUUCGUCUAUAGUAGCUACAAUGAAAAAGGCAAUGGAGGAUAGUAAACAAUGUUGUGAAUUAUAUCAAUCAUCACAAAAAGAAUUCUUGGAUCGGAUAGGAUCAAAUAAGGAUAAAUUAGGAAAAAGUCUGAUGAAAAUUCAGCCAUUCGAGUCGAACUUAUUACAACACUUUAUUAAUGUUCCAAAUAUGGCCCAACUUUUAAAAUUGACCAUUGACGGUUAUUCAAUUCAGAUUGAUGAAAUAUCGACUAAAAUUAUCCAACUACUUGAAUUGGAUGGGAAACGGGCUCAAAAGUUGCCAGAAUAUAAACAACUUACUGCAAAUUUAAAUUUGUCAAUGAACACUUUUGCGAAAGAUGAUAGAAAAGUACUUAAGGCACUAAAUAAUGAUAUAACCAAAAUGGCAGGCCAAAGUUGCCCCAACAUCACCAAAUUUUUCAAAGCAUUGUAAAAAUUUAUAUAAUUAAAAAGAAUAAACUUGAGAUGAAUGCUUCUAUGAUGAAUGAAAA